AUGGAAACGUGGCUCACUCGUUUGUUCAGUAGUAUCAUAUAUAAAUACCCAAAAGGAAAAAAAAGAUUACAAAAAUAAAAAAGUAAAUUGGAGAGACUUAAAAGAGUGCCGAAGCCGAAACCGUCGACUGGUAAAAUUAAAGAGAAAACAAGAAAAGGGAUAACAAUGGCGUCAUCGUCGAGCAGCGGCCUCACCUUCAAGCUUCAUCCGUUGGUAAUCGUAAACAUAUCGGAUCACUACACUCGUGUCAAGUCUCAGUUGAACCUUCCUCCGUCACUCACAUCCACUUCUUCCGCCGCCACCUCAAAUAAUAACAAUAACAACAGCAACGGUGGCGAAAACAAUCAACAGAAACCGCCUAGAGUCUACGGUUGCGUCAUAGGUGUCCAAAGAGGUCGAACCGUCGAGAUCUUCAAUAGCUUCGAGCUUAUUUACGAUCCUUCUACCCGUUCCCUCGACCGGUCCUUCCUCGAGAAGAAACAAGAGCUUUAUAAGAAGGUUUUCCCUCACUUUUAUGUUCUUGGAUGGUACUCUACCGGUAGCGAUGCUCAGGAAUCUGAUAUGCAUUUCCAUAAAGCCUUGAUGGAUAUUAAUGAAAGCCCUCUCUAUGUGCUUCUAAAUCCUGCAAUCAAUCCUGCUCAAAAGGAUCUCCCCGUCACAAUUUAUGAAAGUGAGCUGCACGUCAUAGAUGGGGUUCCACAGCUUAUUUUUGUCCGUUCAAGCUACACAAUUGAGACAGUUGAAGCAGAAAGGAUCUCUGUGGAUCAUGUUGCCCAUCUAAAGCCAUCUGGAGGUUCAGCAGCAACUCAAUUGGCUGCUCAGCUUACCGGUAUACAUAGCGCCAUCAAGAUGUUGAAUAGCAGAAUCAGGGUGGUUCAUCAAUAUCUUGUUGGAAUGCAAAAAGGUGAUAUUCCUUGCGAAAGUUCACUGUUAAGGCAAGUAUCAAGCCUCCUCCGAAGGUUACCUGCAAUUGAAUCAGAAAAAUUUCAAGAUGACUUCCUAAUGGAAUAUAACGACACAUUAUUGAUUACUUAUCUUGCUAUGUUCACUAACUGUUCAAGCACAAUGAACGAGCUGGUCGACAAAUUCAACACCGCAUACGAUAGGCACAGUCGAAGGGGUGGCCGGACUGCUUUCAUCUGAGUUUUGUGUUUUUAAACUCAAUUUGAUAACGGAAGAAAGUGAUAUGAUUUAACCGGUCAAUUGGAUAGCUCGUGUUGGUUUGGAAUUUAGUUAAUUUGGAUUUUAAAAUUUUCGAAUCAUGGAACCGAUGUAUCUUCUGUUAGUUUUACUCAAUGAUGUUUAAGUCGGGCUGGAUUGGUAUGUUGGACUGGAAAUUAGUUGAGCUACUUGUCUGAAGAAAGUUAUUAGAUCGAAGAAAGUUAUUAGAUCGGUUGAUUUAAAAA